CUCACCGACGAGCAAUCUGCCAUGAUCUCCAGCGCCUUCAAUGCGUUCGACAUGGACGGGUCGGGAGAGCUGGAGCGUGAGGAGUUCGAGGAGGCGCUGGUGCAUGUGGGGCUGGAGGUGCCCAAGGAGGAGGUGGACGAGAUGAUGGCGGUCAUGGACACGGACGGGUCGGGGACGAUCAACUUCAGCGAGUUCCAGCGCGCCAUG